AUGCGGAUUUUGAUUUUCUUCAUUUUCAUUCUCGUGAAUUUCAUCAACGCCAACAACGGCUACGGACUCAACAAGAAGAAGGCAGAGGCGAGCAAGGGACGAGGUCGCAAAGGGCAAGGACGAGGAGAUCACAAUCAGCAUGCAGUGCAGAGCAAUGCAUCACAGAUCCCACCCUGGCCAGCUCAAGAUGCUGCUACCUCAGCAUCAGCACAAGCUCCAAUCCCGCCUACCCAAACAGCUGCAACAAUGGCCAAUGCAGAGUGGCUAGCAGCUGUCAGAAAAUCUUUCCCCGACAUGGCACAAGCACCAGAGGAGAUACAGAGAGCAGUCGAGAAGGCCGAGAAGACCUCAUCGAAAGCGCUCUCCAAAGACCUCAACAAGGCGUCCAAUCAGGUUGGCAAGGCUGCACGACAGCUGUCCAAUGUCAAAGAGGCCAGAGCUGCGCACAGACAGAACUGGCUGAAGCACCUCAGAGACUCCGUAGAGAGCUGGCAGAAACAAUUGCAAGUUUUCAAGGACCAGCAGAAGGAAUAUGGAGAUCAAAUGCUGAAGGCACAGCAGGAAUUGACGUCUUCAAGGAGGCACCUACAGAACCUGAACAGGCAAGCUGCUGCCUCAGGAACUCCGAUGUCAACAAUGGCUGGAGAUGCACAGCAAGAGACAACAGAUGUGGAAGCGAGUGCUGCCUUCGAGGCAGAGGCACAAGCACUUGUCCAGCAAGUACAAGAAAGUCUCCAGCAAAGCAUCGAAGCGGCCUCCAAAGAGAACGAGACGAUGGAAAUUCCCUCCGACGAGGAAGGCGACAGGAAAUCCAAACGUCAGCGUUCGAUGGAGCCAUUUGGAGGACCAGAAACUGGAUUGGGUGGUAUCAUGAGCUCUGGCAGCGACGCGGCAUGUCUGCGGAAUGCGCAUCGUGUGCCACCACUUUGCAAAGAGGUGACCGAGAAUGUUGAGGCCUAUCGUCAUCCUUUUGGUGUCGAUGCAGCAUGCACUCCGGACCUCAUCGAUAGCUCUAUGAACCUCAUGAUUCGGUGCCACAGUAUUCAUUGGGACCCAUCUUUUGUGUCCGAACCCACUGCACUUGGCAGAGCGAUGCUCCUUCGAAAUGAAGUCCUUUCUGAAGUUGAUCCUUUGCUCGUUGCAACUGGGUAUGAGAGAACACAAUGUUUUGGCCCUCCUUCGAUGCUCAAAAAUGCAGCAAAAUCUCAACAGAAACCCAAACAAGUGUGCUUCCAGCCAUUUGCACAUGUGUUUGAAGAAUAUUACCCUCCUCGAGCAGCCCCACUACGUGAUGAUGACGUUGGAUCUGUCGAAGACACCAUUGAUGACAUGAUCUCCCUGAUGGCCAGGCAACACAGGCCUCGUGAGCCAUCUGAGCCAACGAAUGACGGGACAGACUCUGACUUUGAAACGCAUGAGCCUUCCUCCCCAUCAUCUUUUCCUGAAGAUGCACGUUGGAGAUCUGUUCAAAUAUAUGACCUCAGAUCGAACUAUGGAAGAGGCCGCAUCCAAGUGUGGCCACCUGAAGCGACAUUUGCACAGGCACGCAGGCUUCUUGGAUAUACCCAUCAUGAGACCUUGAUGCAGUACAUGCAUGUUCAACCUCUCCUUUUAGUACAACAUGAUGAUGUUCUAUUUGGAGACAACCGAUGUGCAGUCCUCAUUGACGUCCAACUUCAUGGAUCAAGUUUUGACUCUACAGUGGAAAUUGACAGGUAUACAACCAUGCUGCCAUCACCAAUCCAUCGUUCAGAGCUGCUACGAAUUGCAGGUGUUGCCCAGUACUGCCGUGUUAGCCUGAACAGAUGCCUUUUAUGGCACCGCGGUAACCUGAUCCCAUUUCAAGCCGCGAGCACAUUGGUUUUAGAACAUGGUGAUUACAUCAAGAUCGCAGUGCCACCCUUCAGAACCGAAAAUGUGCCAACCUACUUUGCAGUGAAAGCCUGUCAACAUGGACUCAAUGCAGAUGAGAUUGAAAUCAGGCAUCAACACAAUCCGAAUGCAGAUGAGCUUUUCACUGACAUUGAGGCGGCACAACCGCAAAAUGAUGAACAAGUUGGUCUACAAAUCAGAAGUGAUACCUAUGAGGUUCCUAUCAUGAAAUCUCGCUGCAGUGAGCGACAUGAGGUCCCUACAUCAGAUUUCACAUGCAUGACUCCGACAACAUUCCUUCCCCAUCGACAGCAGCCUGCACAUGAUCCACCAAGACAAACAUGGUUUAACACACUUCAAUCAGUCUUUGCUGAGAGAGCUGAUACAGCCUGUGAAGAAGAAGGGCCUGUUGCCUUUGUCAUUACCUGGUUUGUGAGUGGAUCAUAUGAGCAAAAAACGGAGGAAAGUCGCACAUUGCAGCUUGACCAACACACCCACCUUUGGUAUCAGGACCUGAUACAUUUGUGGCGUGAUAGACUUGAUCUCACCACUACCAUCAAUUGCCAGUAUGUGCAGCCUGAACCACCGAGACAUGAUACAAGUUGGAACAUUGGACACUUGAUUGUUUCACAACGAGUGCUACCGCCUUUUUCUGCAGUUUUGCUGACCAUCAGAUUUCUGACAGAUAGGCGCACGGGCUUAAACCAUGUGGCUGCAGUGGCGAGAAGCCCAACAAGUGCUUUUGCGAUCAGAGACCUUUGCAACAUGGAUGGACUGAUUUUCAACAUUCACCCACCGGUCGUCACGUAUCAUGUGGGUGAUGAACAAGUUGUUACUCCACAAUGGUUGCCUAUUCCGGUUGGUCCUGAACCUGAUCCCGAUGCUGACCAAAUAAUGGCCCCUGAUAUAGUAGAUCAAUCUGAGUUCACGCAAGACCUGUUUGAUCAUUGGGAUGUCCAUGCUAGAUUUGGCCCUGCACACAUGGAAAGACUCCUGCAUGUGACUACUUGGUGUCUUCAAGCAGAGCGCAUCCGCUCCAAUGAUGAGACCCGUACAGUCACGCUUGGAGAUGACUUCUUUGCAUGGGAAGGCCAGCUUCAACGAGCUUGGCAAGACUUGCUUGACCCACAUGCUGACGUACAAUUUGCGAUCGUUGAGGAUCAACCAGCUGGGUACUCAAGUGGCUAUGGACUGCACAUCAUUGUGCACCAACAUCUUGGGCCUACAGAGAAAGCCACCAUUGCAACAGUCUUCAACGACUACUUGCGGCUUGUCCCAUACAUCACGGCAGUCAUCCUACCACAUGUUGUUGGCCAAUCCAUGCUUCUCCAAGCAGUUCAUCGUGAAGAUGACUGCCCACCACGAAACCCAUAUACCACCUGCAGCACCUGGCAAGGUGGAUGGGAAUUCAAUGAUGCUGCACCCUACAGAUGCCAACAUGGACAAACCUUCAUGCUCAUCAUUCAGCCAAGCCCACAGAGCUAUUGGAAUGAUGAUGUAGAGGAUGAAGAGAGGGACGCCCAAGCGAGCUCCUCUAUGAACCUUCUUCAACAUCACUGGCGAAUUUUACGCAGGUCGACCACUGACCAAGCAAGGGAAAACAAGGAUGACGACAGGCGCCUAACAACUGGGUCGGUAGCUCACACCCAGUGGCCUGCUCGUACAACCAUUUGUCUCGAUGAGCUGAUUAAGCCGUCGCCAACAGUCAAAGUGGACCUCUCCUCUGUUUUCCGACUGGCUGAAGAAUUGAAGUCAACUUCAUUCAUGUUUGGGCAAGAGUGGCCUGUUGACCUUCCGAUUCCUGAUGCCAUGCAACCUGCAUUUGAUGCGCUCCUUCCGCUGGGUAACAGCAUGCCAAAGACAUUCCAUUUCUUCACUGAUGGAUCCAAAGCACCCACAGGAACAAUUGGAUCUGCAGUACUACUGCUGGUGGAAAGCGACAGAGGAUGGCAUUUUGGAGGCUGCCUUAACAAAAUUGUCAAUAUUGGCAGCACUUCCAUUGUUGGAGAGAAUGGAGCCAUCAUAUGGGCACUUUUAUGGGCGAUCAACCUCAGUGAUGAGAUAUGGCUGCAACAGGGCAGAGCUGACAUCUCCUUCACGUUCAACUUUGAUGCCACUAGUGCUGGUUAUGUUGCAGCGGGCUACUGGAGUUCCACGCUUGAACCAUGUUGGAGAACCACAAUGAGGAGUCUUGCACAACUGCUCACUACCAGGCAUGGAUUUGAGCACCUGGCAUGGAACUAUGUGCAAGCUCAUGCAGAGCACCCGUGGAACGAAGGAGCUGAUGCACUUGCGAAGUAUGCAGCACUUCGAAACCAGGGCAGCAAUGAAAGUCACUGUUGGGAAAGCUGGAUGUACAAUGAUGACAAACAGGUUGCCCUCCAAUGGCUCUGGUAUGCAGAGUUGAUGACAGCGGCUGACCCUCGAGUGCCCCUCCUUCAUAAGGAACAGAUGAUUUGCCCACUUGAUGAUCUAUUGCAGCCUAAAGUCUCAGCAGCAACAAUGCAAGUGCCGCACCAGUCCAACCCAUCACAGAAUGAGGAGACAGUCGAGCUUGAUGUUGACAUUGGUAUCCAAAGGCAAGAUCACAGGGCAGUACUUUGCCGCUUUGGUUUCAAAGCCCAACAGACACAUCCCGCUGCUCAAUACAAACGUAAUUACAAGCCGGAUGUGGGUGAUCUUCGUGACAAACUCCAUUGCAACGAAGGGCUGUCACUUCUGCAUCAUGCUACAGUUGCCCCGCCAUGGUCAUUGGACCCGCACUCUAGUGCUGAAUGGCUAGCAAUGUCAACGACAAGUGCUAUGCAAGCGAUUGCCAAGCCAAUGCGAUUAUGGAAGAGGAAAUCCCAUGUUUCCCAAAGCACUUGGCAGCUUGUUGAUCAGAAGAAGUUCCUCUACAAGCAACUUCGAGCGCUUAAACGAGCGGAGCUCUUUACUACGCUCCAAGCCUGCUUCCGUGGAUGGCGUUUUGCUACCCACCAGGAUUCCCUUCUGUCUCCAUCAGCACACAAAGAGUAUCAAUUGUUGUUGCACGACCUUCCUGGCUGGCAACGACUUCAUGAUGUUUCCACAGCACAGACGGUGCGUGAUUACAAGCAGGUCGCGAGUAGAGUUCAGCAAGCCAUCAAGGAGGAAGAUGCCAAGUUCUACUCAGAGCAUUUCCAUAACCUUUUCUUCAAUCUUUUUCAAGAUCUUGGAGUUCCAGAAUUUCAAGCAGCUCGAAUUUUUAUUCACUGGAUUGAGACUGGCUUUCACAUGUUUUGCGAAAGAUUUGACGAUUAUGAUGCUCUGGAAGUGCUGGAACAAGCACAUAUGUCCCUCCUGGAAGACACGCACACAUGGACCUUGCAAGGCCGCAUGAAGAUGCUGCAAGCACAAUGGGAUCGACUUCAACAAGGAGAACCCCAACGAGAACGACCAUCUAUCCCUGCUCCGCUACCACGUAAGCCUCGAGCACAUCCUAUUAUCAUGGACUUUCAGGACAUGCCCCGUGAGGAACUUCGCCGACGGAGCUGGCGAAUGGCAGUUCGACCAAAGCGGGCUCCGACCCCAGUGCAGGGUCCUUAUUACAUUAUCCACCUCUAUGCUGGUCGCAGACGUGAAGAUGAUUUUCACGCGCGCAUGCAAACAUUGGUGGAUUCUGGAUCCGUGGCCUGGAGCUCUGCCAUCACGGUCAUAUCCAUCGACACGGCCAUCCAUGAUGGCAUGGACGUGCAUAGUAGGAAAAUUUGGUCCUUCCUUCUGACUGCGGCGAGAGGUGGGCGCAUUUUAGCACUCUUGCUGGGGCCCCCCUGCGAAACUUGGUCGAGUGCUCGUUUUGCAGAGCUCUUUGAUGCAGAGGGCAAUGUUCUGAAGGGGCCCAGGCCCUUACGCAGCGCCCAGAGCUGCUGGGGCCUAUCAGGCCUUUCCAUUGCUGAGCUUGAGCAAAUAGCUGUGGGAAACUGUUUGCUAUUGCGGGGCCUAUGGUUGUGUGUCCCAGUGGCCUUCUCAGGAGGAAGUGUGCUGCUGGAACACCCCGCACCACCGCAUCAGAUAGAAAGGUGCUUUGCCACAGCAUUUUGGCGGCAGAUCUCCCAGCGGGCCUUGCAGAGUUCCGUUGGACCACUUGUCGCCUCCGCUCCCCUCACGCGGAUCUCUCGCGCAGCAUGUUGCAACAUCCGCUUGACGGCUCGAAUGGAAGCCCCACGGCCGUCCACCACGCCCAGGGUGUAG